AUGCAACUCAUCACACUUGCGCUUUUGGCGACGAGCCUCUCGACAGUGUGCCUUGCGGCGCCGGCGAACAACAAUGUCGCCCUUGAACCACGCCAGACGUAUAUCAUAACAUGCAUUGGGGGUCGUUGCACCGACAACAUCAGCCGACCUACGUCAGGUGUUCCAGAGCCAACGACAAGCAAAAUCACAACGACAACAAGCAAGAAGCCUGAGCCACCCAAGUCAAGCACGAAGCCAGAGCCAACACCCACAACUACUACGAAGAAACCUGAACCACCUAAGUCGACCACAACGAAGAAGCCUGAGCCACCCAAAACAAGCGAGAAGCCAGAGCCAACCCCAACACCAACAAAGACGACUAUCAAGACGACCACAAAGUCGGCAGAGAAGCCCACCAAGACCACUACUGAAGAGGUCGGCCCGAGCAGCACGAGGUGCCCUGUCCCACUAUACUACAAAUGUGGCGGCUGGGACGGCGGUGUGCCUUGGGCAGGCUGCACGGUGUGUGUCAAGGGAGCAAAGUGUGUGGUUCAGAACGAAUGGUACUCCCAGUGUGUAGCAGACGACGACAGCCUUGUAGAGGAAGAGUGA